AUGGCUUCGCAAACACCACCACAACAAUCGCAACUAAAACUUCAAACCCCCGCAAAACUUGACGAUCAACGGGGAACAUUAGGACUUAUUAACAAAAAACUCUACUGGAAAGAUGAAAACAAAAAACCAAUUUUAUCUGUUUCGUUAUACGACAUUCCUAAGUUAUUUGUCUCCAAGCCUGACAAAUUUCCACAAAAACUAAAAAUAUCAUAUCCAGACAAAAAAUCCCAAGAAAUCACAAAGAUUUUCGAAUUAACCGCCAAGGAUGCCAAAACUGACCUAGAAAAAAUCAAAAAAGUCUGGGUGGCUGCACAAACCAAAAAUACCUCUAACGCUAGCACAUCUUCGGCACCAUCACCGGCUUCUGGCGCAUCAACACCUGGUCGAACAAGAAAGGCGCCACCACCUAUAUCCAUUGAAGCAAUCGAGCAACGAAAAAAAUUGUUGGAAGGAAACGAAGAGCUACGAUUUUUGCAUAAGGAAAUGGUGUUUAAUGGGCCGAUAUCUGAAGAGGAUUUCUGGGAGCAGCGGCAGCAUUUAUUACGAGAUCAAAAGGCAAAGGACGAACAAAAGAAAGGAAGAUCCUCAAAGAUCCCGGAUUUACAAACAACAACAGAAGAAGGCGGUGAAGUGAAAAUCACAAUAAACUCUUCAAUAAUUAAUAGUAUCUUUGAACAGUAUCCUUCCGUGCAUAAGGCUUACAUGGAGAAAGUACCAGCUAUGAUUUCUGAGUCGGAAUUUUGGACGCGAUAUUAUAGCUCCAAAUUUUUCCAUAGAAAUCGAUCCGGUAAAAAUCAGAAUAAAGACGAUAUAUUUGAUGCUUGUUAUCAAGAAGAUGAAGAAGAGUUGAUAAAUGGCCCAAAAAGAUUAAAGACGGGUAAUAUCUUUGUUCCUAUGCUCAUUGAUCUUUCUUUGACGGAGGAAGAUCAUAUCGAGACGGGAAAUUUACCUGAUGUAACAAUGCGACCGGGACAAGCUAAAAAUGUGCCUAUUCUUCGACGAUUCAAUCGUCAUGGAGAACGCGUACUCAAAUCGAUAAAAAUGUCGAAUUCAGGAAAAUCAAUAAUCGAUGAGUACAAGAGCGAAAUACUUAUUGAAGAGUUAUAUCAACCAAAGAUGGGAGAAAAGAUUUUACUAGAUAUCAAAGAUCAGACAAAGUAUUUUCAAAGCUAUGAAAAGACUAUUCAGAAUCCUAAUGGAGCUGAAAGUAAUCGGGUUGAGGUUUCAGCAAAUGCCGUCAAAGCACUAAGUAAUAAGAUGAUCUCAUGGAAACCAGAUUUGAGAAAUCAUAGGAAAUUUGACCUCUAUAUAGUCGGUCCCGAGGGUGUGAUUAUAUGGAGCGCGCAAAAUGCAUCACAAGUAACUGCAAUUUUGAAUGGGAAAAUCAAAGCAAAAAAUGAGGAAAGUGCGCGGGCUACAGAAAUCAGGUCACAAAAAUUACCGCUCGAUCUCGAGACCGAGAUAAAAAGAAUAAACUCGACCGGUAAAGAGUUUCUCAGACAUUACUGGUCAGCAACAGUUGGAGAAAAAACUAAUCCAAUUAAUACUGGAAAACGCGAAAAAAUGUAUCAACAGAUACAAAAUACAUUUGAGAAAUUGCAAGCGCUUAUGAGGCGAGCAACAGAAGACGAUGAAGAAGCGCCAUCAUCGGAAUCAGCAAGUCAAGUUGAGAAUAUGUUAAUAUCAAUACAAAUCGCUUUGCAACACGCGAUUAAUGAUUAUGAAAAAAGCCAAGGAAUGGAAGGAGGACCGAUUGGUGGUGUCGGUGUUAGUGAUCCAUUUACAAGAAUGUCCACCAAAGCUGAAGAACUUCACAAAAGAAAAUCAAAAUUACAAAUAGCCGGCAUCUCAUGCACAAACUGUCGCAAAACGUCUAAAGAAGCUGGAGUAGCAAUCUUAUUGCGAUGUACACGAUGUCGCAUGUCGUAUUACUGUUCAAAGAAUUGCCAAAAAGCAGAUUUUCCAAGUCACAAACUAUUCUGUCAAGCGCUAUACGAACUUUCUGCCAAAGAAGAAGCUUGGAAACCUUGUGACGGCAACGAAGCAGAGUGGAAUAAACGCGUCAUUGAACAUAUACAUUUACUCGACGAAGCACUCGACCGCCCACUAACAGACUACGAAAAGAACUCGUUACUCUACCAACCAAAAUGUCAAGUAUGUCUCAUAAGCCCCGUGGAACUGAAAUCGCCCCAGAAAUUAAUUCCGUGCUUGUCUUGCAUGAUUAUUUCGUGUUGCUCGGAAGAACAUUGGAAAAUACAUCGACCGAAGCAUCAAAAACUAUGCGAGACUUAUAAGGAUAUGAUUGAAUGCGAAAAUAUAAUUUAUGAGUUGGCUGGAGAAACCGCAUGGGCACAAGAAGAAUGGGACGAGAGUCGAAUGUUUCCGCCACUCCCGAAAGAUUGGCAAAUGUAUUUUGAGUGGCGUCAUGCGCCGAUAUUUUCUGAAUCGCUUUUGAGAGUUGUUACGAAUUCGUUAUCUCCUCCUUUGACUAUUCUUGCGGCAAUUGAACGGUUCUAUACAAGAGACGAAUUACACGCGUUAGAUGAAUUAGUGAUUCAUUUGGUUGGAGCAAUGCAAUAUGAAAUUAUGUCAUUGUCUUCUUUCGAGGAAGUAAUGCAUGUAUUACCAAACAUUAAAGUGCUUCGUCUAAUACUGGUAGGUUUCGAAUUACCAAGUAAAACAACUGCCGCCGGAAUCAGCAUGAAAUGCUGUCCCCGAUGCGAAAAAGAAAAUCGUAAACGCACAUGCGCGUUAUUUCCCACUUCUUAUUACGAAUAUGCCGAAUCCCCGGGCGAUUAUGUCAAACCUCAUAUCGUUGUCGGCUUCAAUACCGGCCUGCACGAGGAAGACACUGAACAUUGGGAACCAACCGUUAAAUGUUUACUAGAUAAGGACGUUCCUUGUGUGUUCACGUCUUAUUCGAAAGGAGAAGCUGCACAAGAUUUACAAGUGUUGAAAGAUUGGGGCGCGAAAAUUAUUAGUGGGAAUAAAGAGAAUAGGUGGAAGAGUAUUGUGCCUUUGAUUGAACCACAAGUUUUGGAUAAAUUCUUUUAUAAUAAUUAUUAUAGAACACUGUUUCGGGGGAACGUGUCAUGA